AUGGUUGGAAAUAAUCUCCUCGAAAAGAACUCGGCUUCAGUACGGAAGAACAUCGAGAACCAUUCCUUCACCGAUGAAGGCGGCGACGAGUACGGGGGCAGCCGCUUCGGCGGAUUCGCCGACUACUUCCAGAACAAGCAGAUCAAGCUCCAGAACCGCGACGCCCAGUUGCGCUCUUCCGCCAAGGACAAGCCUCAGAUCUUCAAAGGAGUUGUCGUCCACGUCCUUGGGUACGUCCAGCCUUCAGCCAACGACUUACACGACACGCUGGUCCAACAUGGUGGUGGCUGGCUCCAGUACCUCGCCGGCAAGACGAUGGCGACGCACAUCAUUGCCUCGUCUGUACCGCCAAAGAAGAUUGUAGAUUUGGCCAACUACCGGGUGGUCAAGCCGGCCUGGGUGGUCGAUUCCGUUGCGGCAGGCAAGCUGUUGCCAUGGACUGAGUAUCGGACUAUCGAAAAGGGACCGAAACAGCGAACCAUCAAGUUUGAUGCUGGAAAAAUGCUGAGCAGUCAACCGCGACAACAGACUCCUCAGCGGUAUCGUGAACAGACUGAGAACAGCUUUUACACCAAUCAGUUGAAGAAAUGGAGCAGCCCGUCACAGCCAAAGACGCCCUUCAAAUCUCCCUCAGUAACAGUAAACGAUAAUAUCGAGGACUUCGAGGAUGACAUGUCAGUCGAUCUGUUGCAAGCGCCAGCUUCAUCUAAGCCAGAGCUACUUGCUCUCGUUGAGCCCGAUAAGUCUUCAGAGCAGCCACCCACUACUCCCCCGCAUCAAGCUCAUCUUGAACCUUCUCCUGAAGCCCGGCCCGUCCCUCCUGAAAUGGCAGAUCCAGGAAUUCCAGAGCCAGGAAAGUCUGAAGAAAUCCAGCCAGCAAAACCGUUGACCUCGGAAGAGCACAAUGCCAGACUACUCGCAGAUCCCAAUAUGAGAAAGGCUUCAACCGCAAAUCCCGACUUCCUCAAGCAGUACUACUCGGAAAGUCGUCUACACCACCUGUCGACAUGGAAGGCACAGCUAAAGUCCCGGAUGCAGAGCCUAGCCGCUGAAAAGGGCCCAGCCAAGAAGCCGGCCAAGCGGCCUGCUGAUUCUCGCAGGUACAUCAUGCACGUCGAUUUUGACAGCUUCUUCUGUGCCGUAUCCCUGAAGAAGGCGCCAGAGUACCGGGACAAGCCAGCUGUGGUAGCUCAUGGUAAUGGGAGCGGUUCUGAAAUUGCUUCUUGUAACUACCCUGCCCGCAAGUUUGGAGUCAAGAACGGCAUGUGGAUGAAGCGUGCUCUGGCGCUUUGUCCGGAUCUCAAGAUUCUGCCAUAUGAUUUCCCAGGAUACGAGGCAGCCAGUCAGCAGUUUUACGAUGCUAUACUGGAAAUGGGUGGCGUUGUGCAGAGUGUCAGUAUCGACGAGGCUCUCAUCGAUGUCACUGACAUUGUCAUGGCUGAGGCUGGGUCGAAAAGAGUUGGCAUCAGCGAAGGAAGUAUAUGGAGGGAACAAGAGAAGGUCGAUAGGAUGGCUUCGAAGCUUCGGGAACGAAUCAAGGAGACUACGGAUUGUCAUGUUUCGGUUGGUAUCGGCGGUAACAUCUUGCUGGCCAAGGUUGCCCUUCGCAAAGCCAAGCCUGCGGGACAGUACCAAAUCAAGCCGGAAGAAGUGUUAGAUUUCCUCGGCGAGCUCAAGGUGGAGGACCUCCCAGGCGUUGCGUACAGUAUCGGUGCAAAGCUCGAGGAGCUUGGCAUCAAAUUCGUCAAGGACAUACGGCAGACCAGCAAGGAGAGGCUUGUCUCGGCAUUGGGGCCGAAAACAGGAGAGAAGCUGUGGGAGUACUCGCGGGGUAUCGAUCGGGCAGAAGUUGGGGAGCAGCCCAUUCGAAAGUCAGUGUCGGCCGAUGUGAACUGGGGCAUCCGGUUCGUCAACCAAGAUGAGGCAGAGGAGUUUGUGAGAAACCUGUCAAAGGAACUGGAGCGUCGGUUAUUGAAUGAGGGCGUCAAGGGGAAGCAUUUGACCAUGAAGAUCAUGAGAAGAGCAGCCGAUGCGCCUCUUGACCCACCAAAACAUCUUGGUCAUGGAAAAUGCGAUACUUUCAACAAAAGCGUUUCCUUCGGUGUCGCUACCAACAGUGGAGAGGUGAUCGGAAAAGAAGCCGUUGCGAUUCUGCGCUCGUACAAGUUCAGUCCGGGUGACCUACGUGGGUUGGGGGUCCAGAUGACGAAGUUGGAACCCCUGAAGCCGUCUGCUGCACCACAGGGAAGUCAGAAGAAACUGAGUUUCGGUGCAGCAGCGACAUCCUCGGCGAAGAAACGAAAGGCUGAGGCCAUCGAGGACGAUGACCCUCAGAGUCCAGGAAAACCUAGGUCUUCGACCGAACAUGACGAGAAGGACCCUAUCUCUGCUGAUCCUAUCACGCCACAGAAACCAAAGCCUCAUCCAGCCUUGCAUCUCGCAAGAGCUGGCGAGGCGGACGUGAAGGCGAAGACGCCGCUCAACAUUAGAGGCACUCAGUUUAUCAUGCCUUCCCAGCUCGACCCAUCUGUUUUGGCCGAGUUACCAGAGGACAUUCGGUUGAAGAUACAAGAGCAAAUGAAGACACAGCUUGUCAAGCGCACAUCCUUUGUGCCGCCUCAACCUGUCAGCAGGAAAGCCCUCCCAAAUCGGGAAGAGAUCCCACCCGACAUUGAUCUUGAAGUUUUCAACGCUCUCCCGCCAGAAAUGAAAGCCGAGGUCCUCGCUUCUUACCGCCGUAACACAGCACAAGCAGGUCCAAGCCGCCAACCACAGCCUCGAGGGGGAGGUGGUGGCGGCCAAACCCUUCUCCUGCAAUCUCCUCGCAAAGACCGCAUCAUCAACCGCCCCGUCGACCGUCUCCGCACGCCCACCAAGCGCAACCGUGGCCGCCCACCAGCCUAUUUAAAGGAGAAGGAGCGUGACCUCAGAGCCGGUCUCCGACAAGCCUCCCUAAUCACAGCCCGUCCUCCAAACCAGGGUAUUAACGAGUCCCGACAACCCUCAGCCAAAAUCGAAAUCGACCUCCCACCACUAGACCCCGAACUCCUCUCCGAACUCCCCGAAGACGUCCGGCGGGAGGUAAUCGAAGACCACGCCCGCCAACGCCGGCAGCUCAAGCGACAGGCUCAAGAGACAGCAGCCGCUCAGCAGCAACAAGAACAUAGUCGACACGUCAACCUAAUUGCAGUGGACGUCGAGUCAGCCAAACAUUACCUCCGGCGACGACAACAGAGUGUCAACAACAACCCUCAGUUUCCAAACCAGCACAAUCCGAACCAACCCCACGAUGACCGCCAACUUCUACCGGCUGGCCGGCACCACCCUCUCUUCGGCCCUCCGCCAAACUGGGGCCGCACGAACCGCGAUCCUCGCCGGAUCCACUGGCCCGGUCCUCCCGCCAAAGCGACCUUGAAUUCAGCGGCCGUGCCUGAGGGCGGGACAAUGAAGGUCACGGACGCGGCGGCGGUGCGGAAUAUGAUCAGGUCGUGGUACGUGUCUACCGACAGUCAAGGGGGGCCGAGUAAGGUCGAUAUGGAGGUGUUGGAGGAGUAUCUGUACAAGGUGGUCACGCUGGAAAGGAAUAUGGAGAAGGUUAGGGGGUUGGUUAAAUGGUUAGAGUGGUGUGUUGAGGGUGGAGAGCAAGAUGAUUCUGGAGGAAAUGGGGAUGAUAAGUUGGACGGUGGAGUGGACGGCGUAGGCAAUGCAGAAGAGGCAAAUGGAGAAAGGGGUGGUGAUGGUGGUGAUGGUGGAAAUGAUGCUGAAGAUGAUGGGAUGCAGCAAGGUAUAAGUGAGAAGAGAAAAGGGAAGAUGGCGGCUAAAGCGAACUACACCUGGAAAGAAGCAGUGGAGGUGAUCAAGGCUUCUGUUCAAGAAGCUAUGAAAGAGAGGGGGUUGGGGAAGAUGACUUUCGAGUAA